AUGUCGACCCUGAAAGAGAUCCUCACUCGGCGGCCGGUGGCUGCGACGAUCCGUUUAACAGUUCCGGCGGGAGGGGCGAAGCCGGCGCCUCCAGUGGGUCCGGCUUUGGGUCAGUACAGGCUGAAUCUGAUGGCCUUCUGCAAGGAUUUCAACGCGAGGACCCAGAAAUACAAGCCCGAUACGCCCAUGGCGAUUACCAUAACGGCGUUCACGGACAACACUUUUGAGUUCAUUGUCAAGUCCCCCUCCGUAACGUGGUACCUGAAGAAGGCGGCGGGCAUAGAAAACGGGAGUAGCCGGCCGGGUCACGUGACAGCCUCCACUAUCACCCUCAAGCACGUGUACGAAAUUGCCAAGAUCAAGCAGAGUGAUCCUUUCUGUCAGUACAUGUCCUUGGAGUCCAUUUCCCUACAUUCAAGAAACUGUUUCCAGAAUACGUUGACAAGUAUGAAGAGCAGCUUGCAGCCGAGAAAUCUAAACUUGUGCAGGACACAUCUGCACAUACUCAAGAUGGACUCUGAAACCCUUUGUUAG